AUCUCUGUUUUUUAAACUUACGUCAAGUGACAGCAGACGGAUUUUCCUUGGAAAGUUCAUGUCUUGGUGUCCUUUGUUUUCCCUGUUCUGUGUAAUGGUCACAUGAUGAAAGAGUUGCUUCGUCUGGAUUUUAGUCAUUCCUUAUCAGUAUUUAGAUUGUAUUUGAGUUUGCCUUCCUGAAUCAGACUACUGUGUAUGUGUGUGAGUUUGUUCUCCAGUAUAGAAUGUGUGGCGUCUUACCAAAUAGUCAUGUCGAGUACGAAAGUUUGCAAGAUGAAACAGUACAAAUUAUUGAAGACGAAGUCCUCGUAAAAUGUUGGGGGUAUAAAUGUAACUGUGCCAAAACAUUCUUGUUUUAUAUUUCAUCGAUUUUACUUGUUGGAACGCCUUAUUUGGUGCUUCAUUGGUGGUCUCACUACGAGGCCUACCUAAAAUGUUCAAGGUGUUCAUUAUCAGACGCUGACCAUGUACUUCUUGAGUCCGAAGGGCAGAAAUAUUUUCAUGCAGUGGUUACAACUGAUGGCGUUUGUAAUGAUUAUGCCAUUGGUCAAUUACGAUAUUUUAUCCAUCAGGAACUGAAGUUUAUAUGGAGCAGUAGCUUAAACAGAUUCUAUCGACUGCAUGGACUGGAUGACCAGAGUCUAACGUUGUCUGAAAUUCUGGAUGGAAGCAAAGGUCACAAUUCUGAAGUACGGCAACAGAUGUGUUUCCUAUAUGGUGAAAAUACCAUGUCAGUGAAAGUCAAGUCUUAUUGGUCAUUGUUUGUGAAUGAAGUUGUGAAUCCAUUUUAUAUUUUUCAAGUCUUCAGUAUUACUUUGUGGUCAUUAGAUAAUUAUUAUUAUUAUGCUGGGUGUGUCCUCCUGCUAUCAACACUUUCUAUUGGAAUAUCUUUGUGGCAUACCAAACAGCAAAGCAUUUCACUGAGCAAACUUGCUGAGGAAUCCUGUUCAAAUAAAGUGACUCUACAAUGUGAAAAUGGAAAAUGUGUGGAGGUUGAUUCAAAAUAUUUGGUGCCAGGUGAUGUGAUCAUAAUUCCACAACAUGGAUGCUUGAUGUCCUGUGAUGCCAUCUUGUUGAGUGGCAGUUGCAUUGUAAAUGAGAGCAUGCUUACUGGGGAAAGUGUGCCCGUGACAAAAACCCAGCCGUCGCAUUCAGAUGCUGUGUACAGUCUGCAAGAACACAAACGACAUACUUUGUUCUCUGGCACUAGAGUUCUGCAGACACGGUUUUAUGCAAAUCAUCAGGUUUCUGCUCUUGUAGUUCGUACAGGAUUUUCUACUCUAAAAGGCGAAUUAAUCCGAUCCAUCAUGUUCCCUAAACCCAUAGGGUUUAAAUUUUAUCAAGAUUCUGUGAAGUUUAUAUUGGUUCUCUUCGCAAUUUCUCUUCUGGGAAUGGCCUUCUGUAUCUAUGUAUUCCUGAGGCAUAAAGCGACCUUGAAAGAGCUGAUAUUGCGGACAUUGGAUGUCAUCACAAUAGUAGUUCCACCAUCAUUACCAGCUGCCAUGACAUCAGGCACGGUUUAUUCACAAAAUCGUUUGAAGAAGCUGGGUGUGUUUUGUAUUUCACCUCCCAGAAUUAAUGUUUGUGGAAAGAUGAAAGUUAUAUGCUUUGACAAGACAGGAACCCUGACAGAAGAUGGUUUGGAUAUGUGGGGUGUUUUACCUUCGAAUGAUGCAAAAUUUGAAGUGGAACCAGUUCUUGAUAUUAAAAAGCUUCCUUACAAAUGCCACUUAGUAACAGCAAUGGCUACAUGCCACUCACUCACCCAUUUAGAAGGCAAUCUUGUUGGAGAUCCACUUGAUGUCAGCAUGUUUGAAGCAAUAAAUUGGGAACUAGAGGAACCAGCUUCUGAUACUGCACGUUUUGAUAAUCUUGCUCCUGCUGUAGUCAAACCCAGGAUCCUGUGCGGUGGGGAGGGAUCUUUCCUCAUGACACCUUUCAAUGAAUGUGAGAUUCCAUAUGAAGUUGGGAUUCUACGUCAGUUUCCUUUCUCAUCUGCAGCUCAGUGCAUGUCAGUCAUCACUAGAGUUCUGGGCAGCAAGUUCAUGACAGUUUAUUGCAAAGGUGCCCCAGAAAAAAUUGUUAGCCUGUCCAGGAAAGAAACUGUGCCACGAGAUCUACACAGAAUACUUACAAAUUAUGCCUCUGGUGGCUUCAGAAUUAUAGCAUUGGCAUAUAGAGAUUUAGAUCCCAAGUUUUCAUGGUCCCAAGCACAACGAGCCAGAAGAGAAGUGAUGGAAUGUGAUCUUACAUUUCUUGGACUUCUGAUGCUGUGUAACAGCUUAAAGGCAGAGACACUGGGUGUCAUUCACCAUCUACAGACAGCUAAAUUACGGUGUGUUAUGGUUACAGGCGACAAUAUUCUUACAGCAGUCAGUGUGGCAAGAGACUGUGGCAUGGUACUACCAUUAGAAAAUGUUAUCCAGGUUGUAGUUACUCAAUCUGAAGAUGGUGAAUCUGUGUCAUUAAAACUGAAGCCCAUUGGAGGAGGCUUGUAUCCUGAAUCUCCAAGGAAUGAUUAUAGUAGUGAUGCUGUUGUUACCUUGGAUCUGGGUGCUAACUGGCAUUUUGCUGUUGAUGGAUACUCUUGGAAAAUGAUUAAUGAUCAUUACCCUUAUCUUGUUCCACAAAUUGCAGCAAAGGGAACCAUAUUUGCACGCAUGUUACCUGAUCAAAAAGCUCAGUUGGUUGAAUCACUGCAGAACAUUGACUAUAUUGUGACAUUUUGUGGUGAUGGUGCAAAUGACUGUGCUGCCCUGAAGACAGCUGAUGUUGGUGUGUCAUUAUCUGAGGCAGAAGCUUCUGUAGCAGCACCAUUUACCUCAAAACAUGCUAAUAUUGAAUGUGUUCUGCAUCUUGCACGUGAAGGGCGAUGCGCUCUUGUUACUAGUUUUGGAUUAUUCAAAUACAUGGCACUUUAUAGUUUGAUCCAGUUUUUUUCAACUCUCAUACUGUAUAAUCGCAGUUCCAUAUUAGGAGAUAUGCAGUUCCUGUACAUAGAUUUAGUUAUCACAACAUCACUUACUCUAGUUAUGGGACUGACAGGUCCGUCGAAGAAAUUAGUCCCACAGAGGCCUACCGGGAGCUUAGUAUCACUUGCUAACAUAGUGCCAUUAACAAUUCAUGUUAUGUUAGUGGCAUUGAUGCAGAUAGCAAGUUUACUUUUUCUUACCCAACAAAACUGGUUUGUGCCUAUUGAUCCUGCAACACCGGGGGAGCAUAUUUUGUCUUGGGAAAAUACAACAGUAUUCUGUACAAGUUGUUUUCAGUACUUAGUACUUGCAGCAUUAUUUUCAAAAGGCCGUCCACAUCGUACACCAUUUUACACUAACUGUCUGUUAACAACAUUACUCAUAACACUUGGCAGUUUUACUGCAUGGUUGUUAGUGUAUCCCUUAAAACCAGUGGCAGAGUUUUUUGAAGUGGAAUCACUUUCAGAUGUUGAAGGUCAGCAGAUGUAUAGAUUAUAUCUACUGGGAUUUUCUGCAGUUCACAUGAUCUUAGCAUUCCUUGUGGAGACCUGUGUGGCAGACAAGAAGUGGAUGAAGACAUUUCUUCAUUGCAUCACAAGAAAGCGUGAACCAAAAAGUAGAUAUAAGAAAGUAUGUCUUGAUAUGGCUACUAAUGAUACGUUGUUAAAUUAUGUUGAUUCGUAGAGACAGCUGAGUAGUCUGUAACUACUCACAUCUUACAUUUAUGUUUUUUCUUAGUUGUCUUAUAAAAUCUCCAAAGUAUUUCAACCACAUAGAAACCAAAGAAUUUUGGUGUCAAAAUGGGUUGUAUUCAAAUAUUAUUUUAUAAGAAAGAAUUAAUAUAUUAUAUAGUAUUACAUGAAUCUUUAAAUAUAAAUUUUAUGUUGACCAAUCAGUGUGAAUCUUAUAAUUAUUUUUAAUCUGAUUUUGUCAAUUCUUUAUCAUGGCUGUAGCAAACAUAUUUUAGCUGUUGAAGUCAUUCAAUUGACCUAAGGAAAAAAAUUUUAUUCCAUAGAAUGCUUAUUUUAACUGUGAUGAUUUCAUAACUGUUUGUUGAACAUUAUGCUCAGUCUUGUCAAGACAGGGCUUGAAAAAUCAGACAUUAGCUGCUUACCAAGUGCUGCCAUAAUAUUUAGGGAGAGAAUUAUAUUCAAUUUUGUUGAUACAUGUUAUGUGUUACUUGUGGGUUGUGUAUUUACGUCUUUAAAGACAUUAUGUUGUAGCUACACAGUGUUCCUGACAUUCAGUAUUUUCUGUAUAGUCGGUUUAGUGUGAUGAUAUUUUGUUUCUUUUUAAAUUAUGACUGUGUGUAAUUAUCAGUAUUUACAGAAAAAGGUAUUUUUAAUCAUAUGAAAAGCUGCUACUAAACUAAAUACUUUUUGUGAUUUUUGGGAAUCAUUCCAAGCUAUGUCUGUGAGAUUUUUAAUUUUUGCAUGUGUCAGUUUAAAAUUCUCUUGACUUAUUUUCAUGCUAAAAUAUGUUAGUACUUUUGGGUUCUAUUGCUGUAUACUUUUCAUAAAUACUGUAAUCAGUUGCUGCGGAAAAUUUAGUGGUUAUUUUGUGUUUCAUAGUGUUUAUUAUCUAUCGUUUUUAAAUGCAUCUUUUAAUUUUCUCUAGCAAUGUGAUAAUUCAUAACAGAAAUAAGAAGACCACAUGAUAUGCAAGAAAUAGUGUGUUUGUGGGAACUACUGAAACUAUAAAAACUAUUGUCUUAGCAUUCUUAGGUCUGUAUCUAUCUGAAUUUCAGACACCUGCAGCAUCCAGUGUUAUAUUUUUAUUCUGCUCCUUCUCUAUUUCAUUCUAUUUUCUGCAUUCUUGUGUUCAAUUUAAAUAUGUCUUUUUGGUCUUACUGAGUCUUCCUCUGUGCUUUAUAUGAAGAACUUGUUGGUUAGUCCUAUUUUCUUCCGAUGAUUGAAUGCUUGCAGCUGUCAACGUUGGUUAUCUGUUUAACGUUAUCUGAAUCUCUUAUACUAUAUUUCUUGACAAUCUAGAAAUGUAUACAUCUUGUGUUCCUUAAUGCCAUUGUCAUUUUUCAUGAUGUCAGUAUAAAACAGUAUUACCAACUGACUCUUACAUUUUGUUAUUGUUUCUGUUCUUCAUAUCGUUUACUCUAAUGUUUGGUAAGUGCAAUGAAAUUAUGUGAUGAUAGAAUGCAAUUGUAAUAUAAUAUUGUCCAAGUGCUAAAACGUAAAUACCAUUCUAUGUUUUUUUCAUUCAGCUAAGUAUUUUCAAUAACUUCAUCUAGAUAAAUAAUAAUGCAUCACCAUCGUGCCAUUUUUGAAUAAGCCUUUUGUUGAUCAUGCAUUUCAACUUCUGAAUCAUUCCUACACAACUCUUGAUCAGAAAGAGAUUGGCUUGAUUAACCCAAAUUUUUGCUGAGUCAUGCUGACUGUUGGAAGUUCUAAUUUCUAUCAUUGAUCAUGUCUUGGUUUUUAAAGUUUUCCUUUUCCAUUGAAUUUUUUAGCGAUGCUUCAUAGUCACCACUAGGCUUAAUAGAAGCAUAAUGUGUUAUGUUCAGAGUCUUAGUAAGGCCAAAUGUAGCUCCUUCAUACAUAUAUAAUUUUUUGUCCAUUUUUGUGUAUGAAAUAUUCACAGUGUGAUUUGAAUUUUUUGCAGUAAGGUAAGAUUAAAUGGCAAGCAUAAGGGAAAAAAAUUGACAACUAAGUGUUUGUAUAUGACAAUCAUUGUAGUCUAUGGGUCUACUUCUUUUCGUGAUAGUAUGUUGUUAUUCUUCAUGUUAUUGCUGGAAUUGUUUCACUCUCCUUUGAUAUGUAUUCCAACUUUGUGCUCAGUUUUUCUUUCUGUAUGUGGACUGAAUGUGUGCUGAAUAUACUGAUCUUUCUUAUAUAUCUAAGGGAAUUACACUUUCCUGGAGACAUAAUAGUCUCAACUUUAUCUUUGCUAAACAUAGCAGCUGAACCAAUAAAUUAAAAUUUGUGCGUCAGCUGAGAUCUUAGCUGUGUGACUAUAGCUGCACGGACUACCGAAGUCCAAUGCCUUUCCUAACAUAAAUGUCAGCCCUUCCGUUUCAAAUGGAUGAGGAAAAAGGUUUUGAGAAAUUUUUAAACUUGUCUUUCAAAUACUUAGAAGAAGGAAUUCAAAAUUUAGUGACUCAUAAGAUUUUACACAAGGAAAAAUUGUGUUUUUAUUUGUUCUUGUUCUUCUAGAAGCAUACUAUUUACAUAUACACACUUUAAUCACCCAUGCUGCCCACUGUAUCAGGCUUUAUCUAAUUGUGAAACAGGUGGGCUAUGUGACCACCUCUGCCCCCUGCCCGCCUCCCCAUUAACUGUUCUAACAAUAUUGUGAUAAAUGUUACAUUUAUGUAGCAUGUUGUAACUCAUAACUAUGGAUAUUUUCUAGGUGUGUCAAGUUGUUGGUAUUAUAAGUUCAUUCAAAUUUUGUCUAUAUGUGCAAGUUUGAGAGGAUCAUCUAGAAUAAGCUUAUGCAAUGUAAAUGAUGGCUUCUGAAUGGCUUACACCAGUCUUCACUGUGGGAAUCUCUGGUUUUUUCUAAUAGAUACAAUGCCUGUGAAAUGUCUUAUGAAUAGGUAUUUUACAAAGUCAUCCUUCUGUUAUAUAACGUCAUUGUUUGUGAAAGAAGUGAUCAUCAUCGUAUGAUUUCAUGAUGGCGAAGUUAAAGGAAGUUUUUUCUGGCAACAUUUCAUUUCUUCUAAACUUCUUAUCACAUCAGGUUUAUAAUUUAUAAAAAACAGCUACCAGCCACAUGUAUGGUUUAUAAAGAUUUAUUUUCUUCAGACCAUGACCGGUUUCGGAUUUUUCUUUACAAAUCCAUCUUCAGAUGGCAGUUACAAGCAUUCUUAGUUGGACCUAGUUUUGUAUUUGUUAUUGGUUUGCUGCACUGGGAAAGAAAAGAAAUAUUUUUGUUGUCAUAUCGGUAAUGGUAUUUUUACAAAAGAUUUACUUCUUUUUCAGUAUCUAAUUGCUCAUGAGAUAGUUUUUUAACCUUGGUAAACGUGCAGGUUAGUGUACUUACAUGUGUAGCUCUGCCUGACGAAAUAUUUGUGCGUUUUUGUUUUCAAAUGCAAGCUUAAUACACUUUUCAGUAUGCACUAUGUGAGUGCUAUUCCAGUCAAUGGGCGUCACUUUCAACCUCAUCAUCUUAAUUACACACGCAGCACACACGAAUAACGUUUACAAAACGUGGCCCAGCUUCAUAUUACAAACGAGAACAAUAUUUGCAAAGAGCUUACAGUCAUAACGAUGUUAACUUACAGAUGCUGUAUAGUCGAUAUGGGUGCAAGAAAAUAUCUCUUUGCUAGUGUAUGAAAUUAAUCUAAAAUGGAAUAAAAUGAAAUUACAUACAAAUAAGAUUACAAACAUUAUAUGUAGUACAGAAUUACUGUGUGUUUACUAAUUAGUUGUUACAAUUGUAGGAGAUAAAUUCUAAUAUUUGACAUGAUAAGCAAUGCACAUGUUUUCAUUAUACAAUUUUUCAAUGGCAUAUAAGCAGUUUCUGGGGCCUGUAUACUGAAUGUUUUUAAUGGAAUAUUAGGCUUACUUUAUUUUAAAAAAGUGAAGACUUCUUCAAAGUUAUCUAGGAAGGGAGUGUUAACUGACUCUGUCUGUUCAUUCAGAAUGAGAUCAGGGAACCUGUUUUUAUGUGUAUGAAUCUCAAUCUCCUCUAGGAGAUUCAAUGUGAAACCCUUGUCUUUGAGGUGUAAUAUCUGCAGGUUGUUUUCUAUAUUCUCAACUGUAUGAUUGUUUUGUGCAAGAUGGGUGGCAAAAGCAGAUUUGCUUAGGUUUUUCAGAUGUAGGGCAUCAAGGUGUUCCUUGAAUCAUGUUGUAAAGAAAAAUCCGAAACCAGUCAUGGUCUGAAGAAAAUAAACCUUUAUAAACCAUACAUGUGGCUGGUAGCUGUUUUUUUUUAAAUUAUGAACCUUAUAGUACAACAGCCACGUUUCUCAACAUGUCGACUUUCGACAAAAUAGCGUCUUAUCACAUCUUUAAACAAAAGUGUAAUGAAGCAGCCCCCCCCCCCCCCCAAAGGUAAUUACUAAAAAUGCAAUGGCAAAACAUUGCGCAAGGACUUUAAUUUCAAUUAAAAUUGACAGAACCAACUGUUAGUAAUAUUGUUAAGAAUAUAAGUUAAAAAAAACAUUGAGUGCAAGAGAAUAUCUUUAUAAUUCAAUUUGUAAACCAUUUUCAGUAAUGAAAGAAUGCAAUAGAUUGACUGGCAGCAUUGUCAUUAUGAUUCCAGUUUGUUAAAUUAUCUGAAGCAUGGGACUGUUUGUUCUUGAUUAUUUUUGACCUCUCAGUAAAGUGAACAUUUCAUUAUUGAGGCCUUAUCACUGUCUUUUUCUAAUAUUUAUGUUUUGUGCAUUCAGAUAAAAAUUAAGGCUUAAAUAUCCAGUUACUUCGACAUUCAAUGUUUGCUCUAAGCAUAACAAGUUAUAUGCCACUGCUGCCACUUAUCAGGUAUGUAAGGAACUAAAAAAUUAGAAAAAAUUCUAGAUAUAAUCAUUGUUGUAUACUAAUUUGGUUCAUUUGUUGCCCAAAAAUCUCUCAUAAUCUAUAAAUUCUCGAAGUCAAAUUUUUGUGCAAGAAAAUUUUAGGUGUAAUUUACUAGGAAAAUAGAUUUGUGAAUUGAUGUUAAUGAAAAUUUUGAAGAAAGAAAUAGCAAAAAUUUAAUACUUUACCUUUCUCUAAGAAUAUUGAGACAUCACUCUUGGAUUUUAAGUUCUUACCUAUUUUCCCUUUUCCCUUCCUCUUUACUGCAUUUUCUGCUUUAUGGAGUAUUGUGGUUUGUAGUUUCAUCAAAAUAACGUCGAUGUUGUUGCUAUUCUUAAUGGUGCAACUAUUACCCACCUAGCACCUGUUUCACUUUCUUUGUUCUUCUCUAAAAAAAUCCCCCCCUCCCCCCCCCCCCCCCCCCCCAAAUAAAUAUUUCUUCCAAUCAAAUGUGAUAGAGAAACAGUAAAUUAGACAGCAGAUUUAUUUCUAAUAUUCCUAAGUAUCUCUCAAGAAAGUAAAAACAUUGUAAAUAUUUUUAAUGAUUAUUAUUUUUAUUAUUAAAUUUCAUUAAAAUAUCAAGAAUCUCUGAGUAACUGUAAGUUGCCAGUUUUGCAACAUCCAUUGUGCCUCACUAUUUACGAGCCUGUUUCCUCUGCAAAUCAUUGCAGAGUUUACUGUAGACCAUGUCCAGUAAAUAUUAAGACUGACCUUUGCUGUAUCUCAUAUUGAUAUGUAGUUACUCUAUGUUGCUGUAUUUAAUGGACUAUAGCAGUUUUAAUAUUAGCACAGUGGUAACAAGGAGGGACUUCAACAAAUUUGCUCUCACUUUAAUGGCAUCUUGAUGCAUGUGUGUUCCAUAACUGUUGUGUGUAUUAUAAGUAAAUGAUUUUGACUAUACGAAUUACAGUGAAACAUCCAUGACA